AAAGGCCAUCAGUGUGUCUGCUGCAAGCAAUUCAGCGGAUGAUGGCGCGGCAUGAGCGUGGUAAACGGACAGACGUGGUUAUGGACCGCAAGGAAUAAGUAGAAGAGGGAAGUGCAAUGGGAAGAUGUGUGUUGAAGAAGAGUAGUGCCAAGUACAAACCGUAUUCUGCUGUCUGACGGCUCAGGAAUUUUACCUGAUGAGAGUGAGGAUAAAUUACCUGCGGUGGCAGGUGUGGUGAAGACCUCCGAGUCCAAGCCUCGCCCCGAUGGUCAUGUAAAGGAUGGUUCUGUCCCAGUGGGAGUGACAUUUUUGGAGAAAGUGGAUCCCUGCCUUUUGGCUGACCCAGGCUGGGUAAAAAUAAGUUGGGAACUGUUAAAUUGGUGAUGGUAGUCGAAAUGGACUUGUGAUGGUUUUCUGUGUUCUGUCUGUGUUUCUUUGUGUUACGUGCCAAGGGACAAGACAUGUGACUUGCCUUUGAAAGGAGUGAUUACUGGGGUCCUUUGUCCUUUUCGAGUUAUGAAGCAGUCUUUUCCUGAUAGAGCUUUUGCGCCGAACCCACUAAGGUGUUUCAGAUGCCACGCCUUAUGGUCUUGUUGCAGCAGUGUUUAGGGGUUGAGAUUAAAAAAUGUGUAAAGUGUGCAGGAGGGCAAGGGACAAAGGAAUACGUAGUGUAGGUUGUAAAGUGGGGGUGCCCAUGUUGCUGGGGAUCAGAAGUGCCCGGUGCAAGAGACAGGUUGAGGUUGCCAGGGAGAGCAGAGGAUGAUGGGUCAAGGGCCUUGGCCAAUACAGAGUGAUACGAAUUUGUGCUUCAGUAUGGUUGGCUUCCUAGCAUUCAUUGCCAUGGUUAUCAACUGUACCGCAGAAAUGGAACAUAAAUCACAGAAUAUAUGUUGUGGUGGCAGCUGCUAAGUACUUGGGUUUACCAGGUUUUACUGGAGAAGAGUUACAAGGUCUGUUGAACAAGAGAGUCCCAUUCUCCCAAACCCUUAAAGUAGUGGAAUAGUGAGGUGGUUUUUAUUUGUUUUAUGAAAUAGUGGUAUAUAGGUGUAGGGUUAGUUGGUGUCUUUUCCCCCGAUUUUAUCUUUGUAUCACAAAAUGUAACGUGAACGAUCACACGGUAGGUGGCGGCAUGCAAAAACACCAUGAUACCAAAGAAGUAGAAAACGGAAGUGAACAGUAAUUUGGCAUUUUUUCCAAUUUCCACGUUAGCGUUUUUGUUGUUAUUUAGACGUUUAUUAACAUCAUAGAACUCAAAAUAUGACUAUUUUAACUGCACAGCAUCACAUAAUUAUCGCAGGUGGUCUUUAAUUCGCGCUGGAAACACGACUUGGUUGAUAGCAAGCGUUACGUAGCUCUAGCUGCUAACAAUGGCUAACUGUAUGAUUUUUCACACUCAAAUAGCCUCCAUCAUGGAGGUUCUAGCGAAUGCAGCCGUGGCAGAGAUCUGUAAACUCGUAGACGACGACUAUGCAGUGUUUCGUUUGGAAAUAACUCAAAGCCAGAAAGAAAACAGGGUAUUGCGGAGGAAACUACAGCUACUGGAACUGAAGGUGGCACGGGAGCGCGUCCUCGGCAGUCGUCCCAGUAGUGUCAAGAUCCUCGACCGAUACAGAGGAAUGGCAAGAGGUGAAGGACAUCUCACUGGAGGCCACAGGAGCUUUGUGAAGCCAGUGAGAGACAAUACAUGGAGACAUGACCAACCAGUCAUUGUUGAUGAGGGGAGUGGAACCUCAACCCAGCACGUUAUGGUGAUAGAGUCUACAGAUGCAGAGGCUGCAGGUCUUGGGGUGAAGCAGGAGAGGUCUGAAGGAGAGGACCCACGGCACAGCAGAGACAUCCAGACUGGAGCAGCUGGAGCGCACCCUGUAGCCACAGAAGACCCCACCACCACCCCAGCACUGCCCAAGACCAGACACAGCAUCACGGAGGUCAGUGGAACGCCGAACGCCAUCCUCAAGACAGAGACUAUACCGGGGCUGAGGCAACCGGGCUAUCCUCCUGCUCCUCGCUCAGAGUAUUUACUUUAUAGUAACCCGAGCCCGAGGACGGUUCUGUCCCAUCGGGAUUUAGGUGACUCGUUACUGACUGGCAAUGAUCCGUCCUGUUCAUACGCAACGGAGACAGAGAUGAUACCUGGUGUCAUGGCUGUGGGUUUAGAUGCACAGACUAAUCCAAUGAGAGGAGACUGGAACCAGUACAGUAGUAGUGUAUACUCUGAAGGGUGCCUAGAUAAGAAAGGGGAGGGUCUGGUUGUAGAUGAGGUGAAAGUGGAGGGUGAAGUUCCUCUGACAUGGAAUGCAGAGUCUAAUUUAGGAGAAGGACACUCGCAGGUCAACACCAGUGACUUCUGGGAUUACAGGGAAAGCUUAGAGACAAAUACAAACUUCAGAACCCACUCCCUUUACACACUCUUAGGGAUCGCGACUCUGUGUCCAUGACUAUGGCACCUUCUGAUUCACACGCCCAUGUCCUUUUCGAUCAGGUAUCGAACUCAAACGACAGUGCUAGAUCCCAGUCUCGAAGAGGGAGAGCCACAUCAGGCAAUAGUAAAGAGAAACGGUUCCUCUGCAUGUUCUGUAACAAAGGCUUCAGCAGCCCCCAGAAGGUUGAGAUUCACCAGAGGGUCCACACAGGGGAGAAACCCUACAGCUGUACCCAGUGUCAAAUGCGCUUCGCCCAGGCUUGCAACCUGAAGAGGCACCAGAGGGUCCACAAAAAGAGAGAAAUUCUACAGCUGCCCCCAGUGUGAGAAGAGGUUCUCCCACCAGCACCAUCUGAAUAUGCACCUGAAUGUCAACACGGGAGAGAGGUUGUAACGCAUGUACAUAGGGCUGUUACUGUGUCCUUAUUAACGCCACACUGGCGGAUUGCAGUCAAAUUCCACAUGACCAUUGAGUCACGGUAGCUAGGCUACUCCAAAACUGUGCUCUGUAAUUGAAUGGUGCUGAUGAGUGUUAGUAAGUUAUCAAACUUGCUUAUGGCUGUCAAGUUGCUAAUGGCCUGGCACUCAGCGCUCUAGUGUCCCUCUAAUCACUUUGACAUAAAAGCUAUCAAAAAUCGCAUCAAAGAUUUAGCAGAUUAUUCAAAUUAAACCAUGGAGUUCACAAUAGCAGCAAAAAAACGUGUUGCAUUCUGAAAACGCAGGUGUAUUGACCAUGACAUUCAAUUUCAAGUUCCACAUUUUUAUAUUUAAAUAGACUGCUUUUAUCUGAAAUGUUUCAUCCAUUUUAUUACGCUAAUUAAAUUAGCAUAAUAAAGGGGUUAACUAGUUAACUGGUUAGGACAGCUCAUGAGGACUCCUAAGUAUUUGUUGAGUAUGUGGGAUUUUAUUACAAAAGAGGCUUCAUGCAUAGCUUUUAUUUUUACCCAUAAGAGUAGGAGUAUAUGUUUUUGAUACAUAAAGGGGCGUCAAAAUUCAGGAUCAAAUAGCUAAAUUAUUCAUAGUAUGACCAUCUUAAAACAAUUCCAUAUGUCAGCAUUGAACCCUCCCCCAACAACAGUAUAGACUUACAGGGGUUAACUGUUACAUUAACCAGCAGCAUAUUGUAUUAGCAUUCUAGCUAAUGCAUUUGGAGUUUCCUUUUCAUCAGAUGGUAAAUUAGCCCAAAUCCACAUUUCAUAUAUUUGAUCAAUAAGAUGUCCCUACUGUUGGUGUGUCCAAUUGUGAGUGCAUCUGUCAUUUCAAGGGAAGAUUGUGGUUACACUAAUGAAGAAUUAAAUCAAAUAAAUUUGAUUCAGAGUGAAUUAAUGAUGCGUGCCAAGAGCUGGUCAUUUAUCCAACACACCUAUUAUUGCAUUCGUAUUUCAUCACCACUGUCCAUUUCAAGCAUAUUAAUUAAGGCUAUACUAUUGUUCAGAUAAUAUAAUAAUUGUAUGUGAUUUAUAAUGACAUAAGAUAAAGAGAACUACAUUUUAACAUAGCAUCCUCUUGAACUGACCUGUAUAUUCCUGCAUUCUAGACACGAUGACUGAGUGGACCCAUGUAUUAAAUGCCAGUUUGUUUAGUUAGAAAAAGCAGGUGAAAUCUAUGUAAAUGCAUAUUUUUGCAUCCAGACAUAAAACGACUGUUACAUGUUGUGUUUGUAGUGUGUAGGCUAUACGAUGUUCAGAAAUGCCUUUUUCAUUACUUCCAUUCAACUACUUAAUUUUGUUCCCCAAGACACUUUUAAUGAGAAUAGCAAUUGAAUAAAAAUAUAAAUGCAACGUG